GAUUUGUUCGACGGAAAACCAGUCGUUUCAAUAUUUUUCCCAGUAACCAAUCGGAAACGCUUGGUGCUGCCACGUUGCCGAGUAUCCGGUUGGGGUCAGCCAAUCGUAGAAUUGGUGCCCAGUCGGAGCGGCAUCUCUCCGUGGCUUGUGUAAACGCGAAGCAGCAAGCAGCACUCGGUCUGGCCGCGGUCGAAAUUUGUCGGGAGCCGUCGCCAUGUUUAGAAGUGUGUGCGUCCUUGAGCGAGUCGAGCGAAAAUGUUCUGUAAAAUAUUAGAUAUAGCUCAUGCACUGUACAUUACGUGAGGUAGCUAAUUGCAAUUUAACGCUCGUCGAUCACGGGUGUAACAAUUAUUUUCGUGGAUGGCUCGCCUACGUCGCAGAAUUUUGUGAUUACAUUAUGUGUGAUGUGUAAUGAGUGAUAAGCAGACUGCACCUACUUUGCCGCCCCUUAACGGGGGUGGAGGAAAUAAUGGGGGAAGCAAUGGAGGUGCAUCACAACAAACUGUUAGUUUGCAACAGGUUCUUGCCACUGCUCAAGGGCUUAAUGUUCUCACUACUAGUGCUGGACAGCAGUUUGUUAUUACUUCACAGGUUCCUGGCCUUACACAGGUCAUACCGAGCAAUGCAACAACAAAUGCAAACAUUCAACAAGUUGGUGUUACAAGAAUUGUUAAUAUUAGUAGCACGCCCCCACGUGCGAGUCCCGUGGGAGUUGCAGGUGCGAGCAGUUCACCUCUUGCAUCUCCCUCGCGCCAGAAUUCACCGAAAGUUGUUUUAGCAACGUCUCCAAAACUUGUCAGAACUUCUAUUGGAAAUAUGUUUGUCGCGCCAACGUCUCAAGUUUCGAUGCAAUCGCCGCCUGCAAGAAAAAAGUUAAAAUUAACUGACUCCACCGAAAAACCUAGUGCGUGCGCAGACGAGUCGAUGAGUUAUAGAAGAAGAAUUAUGGAACACAAAAUGAAACGAAUGCGUGCAAUAAGGGAGAAGUACGCCGAAAAUGCAUCGGAGCUAUUCUUUCUUCAUGCUGGAGGCAACGUGAUGGAUUUCCAAACUUGGAGAAAGAGGCCGCCGACGCCACAAUAUCUGCAUUUUUUACGUCAACAUAGAUUAGAUCCAGAUGAUGAUGAUGAGGAUUUAACGGUGCCACUGCCAACAAUAUCAGAAAUUCCAGUAACACCUAUGGUGACAACAACUGUUUCCAAUAUAGUUCCUGUGAAUCAGUGUACAGAAGUAACAAUCUCUGGUAUGAACGUUACUCCGGUUGCGGUAUCCACAACGUUGCCUGCUGCAGUAGCUCAACUUAAUCAACAAGGUAGCGCACCAAUAGUUCCAGGUUCACCAAAGCCUAUAACAACAAUAGCAGCAAGUACUGUAACAGAUAAAUUGUCUACAACAGCUACAACUGUUACAACAACAACCACUACUACUACUGUAACAAUUAUUCCUACUUCUACUUUAACUGUAACUACUACUACUACUACUACUACCACCACGGCAAAAACGUCUACCGCGCCUGUUGUUGCUCCUGCUCAGCCUGCUUUAAAAAUCGUUAAGCUACCUUCCUCUAAUGCGACUACAUCAUGUGAUAUCACGAAUAAUCAAGAACAAAUUGUAGAAAAAGCGAAACAGGAAGCAUACGUUAUGCAGAGGAUCGCCGAGCUCCAGCGCGAAGGGCUAUGGUCAGAAAGAAGAUUACCCAAGGUGCAGGAACCACCUCGUACGAAGGCUCAUUGGGAUUAUUUAUUGGAGGAGAUGGUUUGGUUAGCCGCUGAUUUUGCUCAAGAACGGAAGUGGAAAAAGGCUGCAGCAAAAAAGUGUGCGCGCAUGGUACAGAAAUAUUUCCAAGAAAAAGCAAUUCAAGCACAAAAAGCUGAAAAAUCACAAGAAUUGAGGUUAAAGAAGAUCGCUGGAUUUAUUGCAAAAGAAAUCAAAACGUUUUGGACUAAUGUUGAAAAGCUGGUGGAAUAUAAGCAACAAACGAGGCUCGAAGAAAAAAGGAAACAGGCGUUAGAUCAACAUUUAAAUUUUAUUGUUGGGCAAACAGAAAAAUAUUCCACAUGGCUAACAGAAGGACUUAAUAAAACUGACGGUCCUCAAAGUAUACCAGCUUCUAUUAAUAGUUCUCGAAUAUCUUCUCCAAUCCCCCCUGGAAAAUCUCAUUCCGAUGAGGACUUCCAACCAAACCAAAGUUCAGAUGACGAUGAAGAAACUAUAGCUAAAGCGGAAGAGGAAUUAAAGUCUGUAACGAAUCAUAAAGAGGAAGUUGAAUUGUUAAAGAAAGAAUCGGAAAUACCAUUAGAAGAUCUCUUGAAAGAUUUGCCACCCAACUACUUAGAAGAUAGAAGUAAAAGCUUAUCGCCUAUGCCAAAAGAAGCUGCAGUAGAAGAAAAUGAAAAGACAACGGAUGGAGAUACAGAUUUUGUUGCGGCAUCGGACGAAUCCUCGGAUGAAGAAGAAACUAUCAUGGAACAGGAAAAAUUAGAAGAAAAUGCAGAUUAUAAACAAGAAUUGGAUGAUCUCAAAGCUGAAAAUGAAAUGUCUAUCGACGAUCUUAUGGCCAAAUAUGGCAAUCUGCCGGAUGUUCCAAUGGAUGUUGAUCAGGAUCCUGGUCAAGAAUCGGACAAAGAAAGCAUUAAAGAAGAAGAAGGACAAGAAAAUGACGAAGAGUCUAGCAGUAAUGAAAGUGAAAGUGAAGAAAGCGACAAUGACGUGGGAGAACAAGAGUCUCAAACGCAAAGCGACAAUGAAGCCGACAUAGGGCUUAAAUCUCUCCUUGAAGAUAUAUCUAUGGAGAAAUCUUCGGUUGACAAGACUGAAGACAUGGAUCACUCGCAAGCUCACAAUGAAAUGGAUAACGUGGCAGCAUUAGCAGAGAGUAUUCAACCUAAGGGGAAUACAUUACUCACUACCAGCGUUGUUACGAAAAUCCCAUUUCUCUUGAAACACCUUCUUCGAGAAUAUCAACACAUAGGACUAGAUUGGCUUGUUACGAUGUACGAGAGAAAAUUGAAUGGCAUUUUGGCCGAUGAAAUGGGUUUGGGUAAAACCAUACAAACGAUUGCCUUGCUCGCACAUUUGGCGUGCGAGAAAGGUAAUUGGGGCCCGCAUCUUGUAAUAGUGCCAACGUCCGUGAUGCUUAAUUGGGAAAUGGAAUGUAAAAAAUGGUGUCCUGGUUUUAAGAUCUUGACUUAUUACGGAACACAAAAAGAAAGAAAGCAGAAAAGAACAGGUUGGACGAAACCCAAUGCGUUUCACAUAUGUAUUACGUCGUAUAAGUUGGUUAUACAGGAUCAUCAAAGUUUUAGACGGAAAAAGUGGAAAUACUUGAUAUUGGACGAAGCUCAAAAUAUUAAAAAUUUUAAGUCACAGAGGUGGCAGUUAUUAUUGAAUUUUCAAACACAAAGGCGAUUAUUACUUACCGGUACACCUCUUCAGAAUAAUUUGAUGGAGCUGUGGUCUCUGAUGCAUUUUUUAAUGCCAAAUGUAUUUCAGUCGCAUAGAGAAUUUAAGGAAUGGUUUAGCAACCCUGUUACAGGCAUGAUAGAAGGAAACAGCGAAUAUAAUGAGAACAUUAUUCGUCGUCUGCAUAAGGUUUUACGGCCUUUUUUAUUACGGAGAUUAAAAACAGAAGUGGAAAAACAAUUACCCAAAAAAUACGAACACGUUAUUAUGUGCCGUUUGUCGAAACGGCAGCGAUAUCUGUACGAUGAUUUUAUGUCUAGAGCAAAAACAAAAGAGACCCUGGCUAGUGGUAAUCUACUAAGCGUCAUUAACGUAUUAAUGCAAUUGCGGAAAGUUUGCAAUCACCCGAACUUAUUCGAAGUGAGACCUACAGUGUCGCCGUUCCAAAUGGAGGCUAUUGAAUUUGUUACAGCUUCUUUAAUAUGGAGUGCUCUUGAUUACGAUCCAUUUAAGCAUAUCGAUUUAUCUAGUAUUAAUCUUUUACUAUGCGAUUUGGAGUUUACCCUUACUGCAUUUGCGGCACAUAGAGUAAGACGAUUGCAGACGCCACGAAAGCUAAUAGAAGAAAUAGACAGUCAACCGAAUCCACCUCCGAGAUGUCCAUCUGGAAAAAUUAAGAUUAACGUUAGAUUGUCUAAUCAAGUUAAACCAUCUACUACGCCUCAGCAGACUCAAACAAAAUUAAAGAAUUUCGCUGGAAUAUUGCCUACUCCAAGAGUUGGAACGUCACCCUUAUUGAAAACAAUAAAUAAUCAAAGCACACCAGGACAAGGUGUCACUUUGAGAGUAGCUGGUGGUCAACAAUUACAAGGAUAUUCCGUACAAUUGGUGCAGCAUCAGGGUAGCGUAAAAGCCAUCCCUGUUGGAACACUAGCACAUAACCCACAAAGUACAACAGUGACACCAACUACAGCAGCAACGAAUGCACAGAGGAUUACAGUAGCGAAUGCAAAUAUCAGAGAUGGACUGCAACGGCUAGCCACGCAGACAGUCACAGUUAAACAAGGUGAUUCCGUCCAAAGAAUAGCAGUGCCUAGUUUUGCACAGCUGGUUCAAACAUCUACUGGUAGACAUAUCAUUCUGACUUCGAAUCAGCAAAACACUAACACAGUUUCGUUUCCGGUAAUGACUCCAAGCGGACAACGUUUAACAGUUUUAUCGAAGUCUUUGAUGGGCCUAUCUACCUCUGCAACCGCAGUUAACAAAGUUGUAGGAGGAGUAGUAACAACAACAAGUGGAACAAGUGGAAGACCCGUAAUGAGGGUACCGCCUCUAAAUGUUACUGCUUCUCAGGUGCAGUCCCCUGCUGGCAAUGGACAAUCGCCGCAACAAUCGAUUCGUUGUGGUAUUGUCACCAGACACGCACAAAAGGAAUCUGAAAAGGCACAAAUGAAAGAACGUCCAAAGUCUGAGUUUUAUUUGCCACAAUUGGAAGAAGAACGUAAACAAAGGAGACAAGACAAACUCCGUCUUCUUGCGAAAAUCAACGAAAGAAGAUGCGCGGCAUGUCCUCUGUACGGUGAAGAUUUGUUUAUGGCAUUGCGUAUUGGAAAACCGUCUACAGCAUGUCGAUGGCAUAAUGGUUGGGUCCACUGUUCCACUGCUAAAGAGAAUCCGCGUACGCGAAGACAAUUUUUUUCCCGCACAGAGGCGCUCGCAGAGGCGAUUAACAGUACAGAACAAAUCGUCGAAGAGCUUAAAGAAGUUUUCGAAAGGUUCGUUGUUCAUGUUCCUGCUGUGUGCGCACCCUCGCCACGUUUUCAUGUUUCUCAUCCACCUCCACAUAAAUUGUUCGGUCAACGACGUAUGCAAAUGGAAAUGCAACGUCAACUGUCGCCGAAAUUUGCAUUGUUUCAUCCAGUAACUAGCGCAAUGAUGACUCAGUUCCCCGAUCCCAGAUUAAUACAGUACGACUGCGGGAAACUGCAAGCCUUGGAUCGACUUCUCAGAAAGCUUAAGUCUGAAAAUCAUAGAGUUUUAAUUUUUACACAAAUGACAAGAAUGUUGGACGUACUGGAAGCUUUUCUUAAUUUCCAUGGCCAUAUAUAUUUGCGUUUAGAUGGUACUACCAGGGUAGAUCAACGACAGGUUUUGAUGGAGAGAUUUAAUGGCGACAAGCGAAUAUUUUGUUUCAUUUUGUCGACAAGAUCCGGAGGUGUGGGUGUGAAUCUUACAGGAGCGGACACCGUCAUAUUUUACGACAGUGAUUGGAAUCCCACGAUGGAUGCCCAAGCGCAAGAUAGAUGUCAUAGAAUAGGUCAAACGCGGGAUGUACAUAUCUACAGGCUAGUAAGUGAAAAGACCGUGGAAGAAAAUAUCCUGAAGAAGGCUAAUCAAAAGAGACUGCUCGGAGACUUAGCUAUCGAGGGUGGUAACUUCACAACUGCUUACUUCAAGAGCUCGACGAUUCAAGAUCUCUUUAACAUCGAUCAAACCGAGAAUGACGCAACCGCGCGAAUGGCUGAAGUGUUGGAUCAGAAUCGAGAUCGAGAGAAAUUUCUACAAAAGGACGCACCAGGACUGCCUCAGAGUACAGAGGACAAAGUGGCAAUGGGAGCACUGGAAAGUGCUCUCGCUGCCGCUGAAGAGGACCUCGACGUUCAAGCUGCGAGGACUGCCAAAGCAGAGGCUGUCGCUGAUUUGGCGGAAUUCGACGAGAAUAUACCUUUGGAAGAUGGGGAAAGGGACGAUAUGCAAGUCAGCAAGGCUGAGCUUGAAGUACAAAAUUUGGUAUCUCAGCUCACGCCCAUCGAACGUUACGCGAUGAAGUUUGUCGAGGAGUCGGAGGGUGCUUUCUCCGCAGCACAACUCGCAGCAGCGGAACGCGAGCUGGAGGAACAGAAGAAAGAGUGGGAGUUGGAUCGACUGCGAGCGUUACGUGAGGAGGAAGAGAGGCGAAUGCGGUUGGUCGACGACGACGAGAAACCGUUGACGUUCGGACGCGAGGAUGCGCAGAAUCAGAUAUGGUUGUCGGACGACAAUAUGGAGCAAAUGCCGAUGUGGUGUCCACCAACGCCUCCAACCACGGAUAACGAUGUUUACAUCGACUAUUCUUUGGGAUUCCUUUACGAAAACACUCCCAUGUCGGAGGCUCAAUUGCCUCCGGUAUACAUUAAGAAAGAACAAAAGAGAAGCAGAGUCGACGUUGGAGUUAGCGAUCGCGAUGGACGGCGAGCUGUUAAAAUGCGACACAAGGAGGAGUCUGUGUACGCGCCAAGAUCUUUGUUUGAUCGUCCUUCACCGGCGGUGAUGAAGAUGCGCCGUGAUAUGAAGUUGCACAAACAUCGAAUGGUUCGACAACCGAUCCCAAUGCCAGGCAUAAAGCCUUCGCAUAUGUCGAAAUCGUCAGUUGACCAAGAACACAUUCUAGAUUGGAUGAUACACGAGGAUUGGGCGCUUCUUCAAGCAAUUCAAAUCUACCAAGGGCUGCCCCUGAAUCUAAUGAUCUUGUCCCCUGGCCACACACCUAAUUGGGAUCUAGUCGCUGAUAUAGUUAACAAUACUUCUCGAAUAUACAGGUCUCCGAAACAAUGUAGAAGCAGAUAUGAAUCGGUGAUAGUACCCAGAGAAGAGGGGAAGUUGCUUUACGACACCACGCCGAAAAAACAAAAGAAACAAAAAGGUGUAUACAAGAUGCCUCAGGUGUCCGAGCAACAAAAUAAAACGAAGGCAAUGAAAACAUCUCAGUUGUAUAAUCAGGAUAAAAAUCAUUCGUUUACAUUAAUGUGCUGUCAAAGAUUCGAUACCAUAAAAUCUGUUUCUAAUAAGAGAACACCCACUGUUAAACCGCUGCUCGUUAAUCCGUUAAUGAAAAACCCCACAAACGCUGCAGUUUUAGCCGAGUGCGGUAUACAGUAUGAUAACCCGCUGGCUCCCAUAGAAGUCGCAACACGACGCGCCGACAGGAUAGCGAAGGAAAAAUUGAAGCACGCUGUUUUAACGGCUGAGCAACAACAAGUAGCCGCUCGCCUGCUACAACAACAACAACAGCAACAGCAGGCUCAACAACAACAACAACAGCAAAUUAAACUACAGCAACAACAGGCCCAACAAACUGCAUCGAGUACAUCGAGUCCACAAGUGCAUCAAUUGACUCAGGUUGUUACCACGGUUGCGACAACUGGUCUGACUACGAUGAAAACGGUUACAACAAUGACUAAUGUGACUACGUGCGGCACAACGGUCGCCACCUCAACGGUGAAAACUCGACCAGGGGGAACGUUGACGAUGCAGGAUGCUCGAACUACUCCGACCGUUGUUAGCGUCGCUAAUCUUCAAGCUGCACAAAGAAUCGCUACAGCGAGCUUGGUAUCCGCUGCACAGAGUUCACCCACGGCUACGCAGAAGGGUAUUGUUGGAGUCACUGUAGCAACUGCUUCCGGAAGUAAAACGCUAACUGCUGCACAGCUACAGUAUUACAGGCAGCAACAGGUUCUGCUGCGACAGCAGCAAAUGAAGGUAUUGCAGGCACAAGCUGCGAGUGGUCAAAAAGUAUCGGUGGCAGUUUCGGCCGCUGCUGCACAGCAAAGAGCGACGCUGAUGAAGCAGGGUAUAGCUGCUGGCACCGUUACGCAAGCGACCGUUGGAAAGUCAACGGUAGAAAUGGCUGCUCUGAUCAAACGACAAGCGUUGCAGCAACAAGCGAAAGCUGUAGCUCAGGUACAAGUGCCUGCGCAAUCGGGUCUCACUCCGGCGCAAAUAUUCGCCCAAGCUGGAUUACAAGUACAGCAAGCUGGAACAUCGGCCGGUGGUACGCCAGUCGCUACUUUGGUGAAAGCUGCGAAUGUUGCCGGAGUGCGUACAGGAACUCCUCAACAAAUCCGACAGCUCGCUCUUCAUCCUCAAAUUAUUACUCAGAGGAAGUUACCGGCGCAGAAAGUUGCGCAAUUAACGCAAGUCGCUGGCAAAACUGGCGUUCAGACGCAGCUGAUUGUGCAACAGAAAUCUCUACCGGCGACCAUGACUGUGCAACAAAUUCAGCAAGUCAUGAAGCAUGUUCAACAGCAACCGUCGACGAUGCAGCAGUUUACGCACGUACGUGUUUCUACGGGACAAACGGCUUCCCAACCUGGUCAAGUAGUGUUAGCAAAGUCUCCGUUGCAGACUCGUGUAAUUCCUGUCGCGUCGGCGGGUUUGAAACAAACGAUUCAGGUCGUGACCGCGAGCAGCGCUCAAUUGCGACAAGCUGCGCCGGCUCAAGGGAAACCUGUCGUUACAACCGCGAGAGGCAGUCCCGGACCUAGUCAAGUUAGAUUGCAGACUAUCUCUCAUCCUGUUCAUCCUCAACAAAUACAGCAGCAGCAGCAACAACAGCAAUCGCAAACUCAACAAGACGCUCAACCGAAGUGAAUGUGCUGCUUUACUACUACUACUUGAAUAGAUCAAGUAUUACGAACUUCUUUUAAAUUCUUGUUGCCGCGGUGAAACCACGUCGAAUGAGAGAUUUUAUUUGACCGCUCUUAAAACAAUGAGAACAUUCCAAAAGAUAUUGCAUGUAUCUUCAUUAAAUCAGUUCAAUUUUUAUCCUAACCGUACCUUCGUAUAGACGAUAAUACAACAGUGGCUACAAUGCAUGUGCAAAUAAUAAUGCACGAUGCUCUUCGCAUCAUGAAAUAAAUGCCCUUUCUGUUCAUAUACUGAAGCGUAACCAUCUUUUCUACUUUAAUUUUAUCUGUGAGAGUGUGACGCAUUAAACACAACGAGAACUAUUUCAUAGUUUGAUCAGUAUUGACGUCACCCGGUUUCUUUAUUGUAGUAUGUCGUCUCUCAAAAUUUGCUGGCCGAAUUUAUAUGUAAUAUUUGAAUUACUUACAAGAACUCUGUCAUACGUCACUAUUUCGGAGGUAUUAUGAGAUAAUAGCAUUACUGUAAUGUUGUUGCAGCUUAUGUCAUAUUUGUUUUUACCAAAUGCCCAUGACAUUGGUAACUAUUGCGAAGUUACAUAAUCGAUGAUACAACCUAAUGGAUAGUGUGCUGUUUAUCAUUCUGAUUUCGUUAAAAUUAGAGUCCGUUCGAGGUGUAAUUAUUCGCAUCUUAGUACUUAACCGCAAAGCCAGAUUCCCAUUUAUGUAAGUUCGGGCGGCGUGCAUGAGCAACGUCCACUUGAAAGUGUCAACUCUUCGCGCAGGAAGGUCUGAAGGACCCAGGCGAGCUGGCACAGCGAGCCGCGACACCCAAACGAGCACGGAAUACGUCAGCCUGUACAAAUGGCUUGCUAGAAAUAAACGGUGCCGAUAUUGAAAUUGCUGACCGGCCAGUUACUUAUUUCGGAUCAGCUAUGGUAAUCUGCUUGUAGCUGUAAACUAAUUAAGUUCAGCAAGAGUGUUCUUCUUCGGAAUUGGACAGAACAUCACAUUCUCUCUCAUUCGGCAGUAAUAAAAGUUCUAUGUAUUUUUCAACUCUAAUUCAUGAACAAAACUUCCAUCUUGUGUAUUUACGUUUUUUACACUUUCAAUUCAAUCAAUAGAUAUGAGUGACAAGUACAUUCUUUCUUCCAUGUAUUGCGCUGCAAUUAUGGCAUCUUGAACAAAUACCGUUUAAAUUUCCAGCAAUAAUUAUUUAUUGGGUAAACAUGUUUUCAAACAAAAUCCGGCGAACAGUGACAAUUUACGAUCGAACGGGUACGCUACAUAGAUGGGAAUCCGUCUCAAGAUUUCGAGAAAAUAAAUUCAUAGUACUAAACGAUGCGAUUCCGUUUCAGGAGUAUGCAUAUCGGUUUUGAUUUUAAUAUAUUAUUUCGCGUGAAACGAUUAAAUAUUUCACAGAUGAUAUCCUUGCGAAGUUCUGAUUGCACAGCAAACUUAUUUUUUCUUGACUUUGUAAGGACUAGAACGAAAACGACUUAGCCUCAAGGAAUACGCUUAACCUAUUGAUACACGUAACUAAAGAAAAAAGUAACAGACGAAGAUACGAAUUGUAUAUGUAUAGUUACCUGUAGGAUUUAAAAAUUUAAUUCAAUGAUGCGGUGUUUAUACUAGGACCUUUAUCGAAUUGUGUAAGAUUGUACUAAUAAUAUAUAUAUAAAUAUGUAUAAUUCGUGUAUCAUAGACGCUAAAAUAAAUCUCUCGUAAGUAAUUCUGAGCUCUUCA